AUGCGCAGGUCCCUGUCGGCGCGCGACGCGGCCGCCGGCGCGGGCGGCGGCAACGGCAAGGACAAGUCCGCCUCCAGCUCCUGCUCCUCGUCAUCGGGCGGUGGCAACGGCGGCGCGCAGGGAUCCGGCAACAAGGUGUUCCCCAAGGUGCAGAAGGUGACGGUGGCGGCGUCCGCCCCACAAGCCCUUUCCUCCGAUCCACAUCGUCUCCCGGCCCACGUCGGCGUCGCACGCGUCGCCGGCCCCCGCCCCCGCCGCCCGCCUCUGCCCCCGCGCCCGCCGCCCGCGCCUGCGCAGAUAGCGCGCCAGGACACCAUCGAGGAGAUCGUGGAGCUGGACGACGGCCGCACGGGCUCCGGAAGAGUCAUGGCGAGUACAUCACAAAUUCUCUCCUGGUUAGGUGAAAUUAGUGAUGAACGAGCAUUCAACUCAUAUAAUGAUGGGGAAUCUGAUGCCGAUGAUACCGUACUUCCUGGUACCAACCUCCGCAAAGUGGACUCGUACGACAGCGGCAUCCUGCGGAGCGAGCUGCGCCUCAACGAGGCGUCAACGCUGUCGCUGCCCGGGGCGCCCAGCGCGGGCACCUCCCCGGGCGCCGCGUCCUGCGCCUCGCCACCGCCGGCCCGCCCGCAGGCCGCGAGCCGCGUCCGCGGCCCAGCCGGUCUCCGCGGGCCCGCCGCCGCGCCCGCCGCCGCCGCCCCAGGCGCCGCCGCGCGCGGGCCGCGCAGGCGCUGGGGAUCCUCGCCCCGGAGUCACAAAGAGAAUCAUCGCCAACAUCAUGGACUUCAAAGGACUAUACGUAAAAGUUGCAUUACAAUCUAG